UCUCAGGAUGUACUUCGCUUCCUCGACAUACUUAACUUGACCUUUCAAUUGGCCGCCGUCAAACUGCACUACGUAUAACAAGCAUGCUCAGAGUAUCUACCUGCGCAAGGGUUAUCCGUUCAACGGGCAGUUCUGGACCCGCCAAAUGUUCUGUAUUUCCAAUGGUUAGAAAUGACCAUGCCCGGGAUUGUGGGCGUGUCGCUCCUGCAGGUAGGACACCCAAAUCACAGUCGCGGGGGAUGGCUACCUCUGCCGAUUCUCUCGUUGCGUUUGGACAACAACACGUCACCAGAGGCCUCGGCCGCCUCACAGAAGCUAUCAUGGCGAAGGGUGAGGGGUCAUAUGUGAGCUUUGAGGAUGGGCGCAGGAUGCUAGAUUUCAGCUGCGGGAUCGGUGUAACCAACCUCGGUCAUUGUCACCCGAAGGUUUCCAAAGCUGCAGCAGAUCAAUGUGUGAAUAUCGUUCAUGUUCAAUGCAGUAUCUCGUUCCAUGGCCCUUACUUACGCCUCAUCGAGAAACUACUUCCGAUCAUGCCCGAUCCAUCGCUUGACUCGUUCUUCUUUUGGAACUCAGGCUCUGAAGCCAUUGAAGCGUCCCUCAAGAUGGCACGACAAAUCACUGGUCGGCAGAACAUUAUCACCAUGCAGGGCGGUUAUCAUGGACGGACGUUUGGUGCCAUGGCUGUUACGAAGAGCAAGACAGUCUAUAGUGAAGGAUUCUUCCCGUUGAUGCCUGGAGUGUUUGCUAUACCCUUCCCUUACUGGCAUCAACUGGGAUUACCAUCUAACACGAGUGAAGAAGAGCUCGUCCGACUCUCAUUGUAUCAACUAGAUCUUGUUCUCAAACAACAGACAGCUCCCAGGGACACCGCUGCCAUCAUCGUUGAGCCUGUCCUUGGAGAGGGUGGCUAUGUCCCCGCCCCUGCAUCCUUCCUAAAGGGCUUGCGUGCCGUCUGCGACAAACACGGCAUUCUUCUUAUUGUAGAUGAAGUACAGAGUGGGUUCGGUAGGACUGGCAAGUACUUCAACAUUGAAUACAGUGGUGUCCGACCCGAUAUCAUGACAAUCGCAAAGGGUCUCGCAAAUGGAUUCCCAUUGAGUGGCGUAGUCAGCAGGAAGGAGCUUACAGAUAAGUUAAUGCCAGGUUCCAUGGGAGGUACAUAUGCAGGCAAUCCUGUAUCAUGCGCCGCCGCGGUGGCCGUCGCUAACGCUUUCCGUGAGGAGAAGGUCCUCGACAAUGUUUCUGCUCGUUCGAGGGAACUUUUAACAUCAUUAAAGUCUCUCCGUGAUGACACAGAAGUAGGAAGCAUGAUCGUCGAUAUCCGGGGCCAGGGUUUGAUGAUUGCUGUCGAGUUUACAUCGCCGUCGUACUCUCCAACAGAUCCCGUGCUGAUUUCAUCCGCACCGAAGAACCUCGCAAGUCGUGUGGCGAAGCGCUGCAUGGAGAAGGGACUUCUGAUUCUCACGACUUCAUUAUAUGAAGUCAUCAGGUUCAUCCCGCCUCUGAAUAUCUCGCAGGACGAUCUGCAAAAAGGAUGUCAGAUAUUUGCAGAGUCGGUCAAGGAGGUUGUCCGAGAAGGUUGAAUAGCUGCUUUUUUGUACUAUUUGAUAUCCCCGACUCGUAGAGGAGGGUGAUGACCAAGGGGUGUGUGUGUAGAUGUGCGAUUUUGCAGAAUCGGUGGCAUGAUUAUUAACGGUGAACGGUUUUGUCUCUCGAAUGCUGCUCGACGUUCAUGUAAUGUUUUUGUUCAAAACUUGCGUACUGGCUGUACUAUAUGUAUUUCCACUGAUCUGUUCAUUGUCUGCCUCUAGUCCCGAGCCAGGGCCAGAUCUUAUUCUGUGGGUAUCCGCAUUCAUGUAUUUUUAGUCGUUAUUGUACUUGUAGUCCUAUAUCUAUUGAAAGUGUCCUCUCCAACAGAGAGUCGGGGAUUGGCGCUCGCCGCUGCUACAAUG